GCUGAGCCUUGUGGAUCUCCUGCAUAUCCGACUUGUGAACCAAGGGAAGCCUGUGCCACCUGCUCCGGCUUGGCUAUUUGACUCAUUAAACAAAGCUGACAUGGUAAUAUGAGAGUCAAAUCAAUUGUAUUGGAGAGCAAGGCUCACAUGAAACCACCUCGUAUCCAAGGGAACGAAGACCAUACAACAGUUCUUGACAGACAACAAUUCCCAAGACGCUGGUCCAGGAAACUGGAAACUUUCUUCAGGAGUUGCAGCUCUCAGGAUCCUGCAGCCCUCAAGGAGAAGGGGAACAGCCUAUUCAAGGCUGGAGACAUGGAAGGGGCUGUCUGCUGCUACACUAAAGCCCUCAAGCUGAGUGCCAGCAAGGCAGACAGCGCGGUUUUGUACCGCAACCGUUCUGCUUGCCACCUGAAGCUGGAAGAAUACAACAAAGCAGAGUGUGAUGCAUCCAAAGCUUUAGAUAUUGACCCAAGUGAUGUGAAAGCCAGAUUUCGGAGAGCUCAGGCUUUUCAGAAGCUGGAUCGACUUGAUCAGGCCUUUCUGGAUGCUCAGAGAUGUGCCCAGCUUGAGCCGAAAAACAAAGCUUUCCAAGAACUACUCAGACAACUGGGAGCACUGAUUCAGCAAAAGUCAGUCCAACUAAACUCCACAGAUGCUCGAGUGCAGCAAAUGUUCUCCAUCCUGUUAGAUGAUGCUUCAAAAGACUCAGAUCGAGAGAAGGCAGCUCAGAACCUGGUGGUCUUAUCUCGAGACGAGGGAGGAGCUGAGCAGAUCUUUCGCAAUGAUGGAGUGAAGCUAAUUCAAAAACUCCUUCAGUCAAAGCAGGAAGAGGUUGUCCUUUCGGCUCUCAGGACUUUGGUUGGGUUGUGCACAGAACAUCAGUCACGGACCAUGGCUAUAGUGAAUGAAUUGGGGAUGGACCAGCUGUGUGCUGUAAUGGGGUCAGGAGCCUCCACUGUGUCUCUGGCUGCCUGCCACCUGCUGCAGGUGAUGUUUGAGGCUCUGACGGAGGGCAUGAAAAGAGAGAUUAGGGGAAAGGAAGAAGCCAUGCUACCCGAGCCGUCCAAAGAGCUGCGUUCAAUGUUGCGCCACCUUCUUGAAAUGAUGCCAGCGUCUAAUGUUUCUGGGCCGGGAAGAGACAGCGCCAUCAACCUGCUGGUCAAACAAGUUCCCCGCAAGUCGUUCAAAAACCCAGACAAUUCACCCACAUUAUGGGUUAUCGACCAAGGGCUGAAGAAAAUCCUGCAGGUUGCCGGAAGCAUUCCUGAACUCUCAGAUGGACCACCUCUUACGGACAACACUCACAUGAGCUGCUCUGUGUUGCUUAGCAAACUCUACGAUGACCUGAAGAGUGACAAAGAGAGGGAGAACUUUAACAAAAUAUGUGAAGAAUACAUUCAGCAACAUUUUAGCCAGUCUGCUCUAGAUGCAAAGCUGCGCGCCAUCCAAACGGUGUCUGUGCUCCUUCAAGGGCCAAGCGAUGUGGGAAACCGAACUCUAGAAAUGUCCGGAAUGAUGGAUGCAGUGAUCUCGCUCUGUGCCUCCAAAGAUGUUACUCACCAGCAAAUAGCAGUCGAAGCUCUCAUACACGCGGCGGGCAAAGCCAAGAGGGCCUCCUUUAUCACAGCCAAUGGCGUGGCUCUUCUGAAAGACCUCUACAAGACCAGCGAGAAUGACAGGAUACGCGUGAGAGCCCUGGUGGGUCUGUGCAAGCUUGGGUCAGCAGGAGGCACAGAUUUCAGCAUGAAGCAGUUUGCAGAAGGAUCCACGGGCAAACUUGCCAAGCAGUGCAGGAAGUGGCUGUGUAACGAGUCUCUACCUCCAACCUCCCGCCGCUGGUCUGUGGAAGGGCUCGCUUACCUGACUUUUGAUGCUGAUGUAAAGGAAGACUUGGUGGAGGACAAGCACGCUCUCACGGCCAUGUUUGAACUGGCAAAGUCUGAAGAUAAGACUGUGCUCUUCGCUGUGGGCUCUACAUUAGUGAACUGCACAAACAGCUAUGAAGUAGAGAAACCAGACCCCCAGAUGGUGGAGCUUGCCAAGUAUGCAAAGCAGCAUGUGCCUGAGGAGCACCCCAAAGAUGCACCUUCUUAUGUGGAGAAAAGGCUGGUUAAGCUCCUUGAAGCUGGAGUUGUAUCUGCAUUGGCCUGCAUGGUUAAACAAGAGAGUCCUGCCCUCACUGAGGCUUGUAAAGAGUGUAUUUCCAGGGUGUUCUUGGCUUUGGUAGAACGGCAGGAAGACAGGGGAACCGUGGUGGCCCAAGGUGGAGGGAAAGCUCUGAUUCCACUCGCAACCGAAAACACAGAUGCAGGAAAAGUCAAAGCUGCACAAGCCCUGGCAAAAAUUGCCAUCACAUCCAAUCCAGAGAUUGCUUUUCCAGGAGAGAGGAUCUAUGAAGUCGUGCGUCCACUUGUGAGCCUUUUGAGCCUCAAUUGCACCCUGCUGCAGAAUUUUGAAGCACUAAUGGCACUCACCAACCUGGCUGGCAUCAGUGAAAGACUCAGGCAAAAGAUAAUAAAAGAAAAAGCUGUACCAAAAAUUGAAGGCUAUAUGUUUGAGGAGCAGGAUCUUGUCAGAGCUUCAGCAACGGAGUGCAUGUGUAAUUUGGUUUUAAGUACAGAGGUUCAGAAGCUGUAUCUGGCCACAGGAAACGAUCGGCUGAAGCUACUUGUGCUCUAUAGUGGUGAGGACGAUGAGAGGCUAAGAAAAGCUGCUGCAGGAACUCUGGCCAUGCUGACGUCUGAGCAGCCUGAGCUCUGCAAACGCAUUCCUGGAACUACCACUCACUGGUUGGAGAUAAUGCAGGCUCUACUGCUCUGCGAAAUAUCUGACCUGCGUCAUCGUGGGGUGGUCAUUGUUCAGAACAUGAUCCAGGCUGAUAGAGAUCUGACUGAGAAGCUUAUGGAGAGUGAAGUCCUGGAGAUUCUUACCGUCCUUGCUAAGGGAGGAGAGGGCACAUCUGAUCCGGUGUCAAAGAUUGCCAAGGACUGCCUGGACAAAGCAGUGGAGUAUGGCCUCAUCAGAAGCAGAGAGGGGAAGAUGGAAGGAACUGAGCCCUAACAACACGGCUGCAGUGUGUGGAUGUGACACCUAGGAGUUGUAAUUUACAUGAAAGAGGAAAUUUUAUUACAACUGAAAGUAAUUUAUGAAAGGUCUCUUAAAAAAACAAACAUGUGACAGAAGAAUUUGAGUGUUGUCAGGCUCUCAUAUUAUGUGGCUUUUGACCUUCAAAAUUACUAAAUCCACUUGAAUCCACUUCUGUAUUAUACAUUUUCUACUAUUUUGGUCUUGCUUUUUUAUGUAUUGCCUCUAAUUUUAACAUGUCUUUCUUUAAAUAUGAACUGCUAAAGAUCUCACAAUCACAUGAUGUACUUUGUUUAAAACGUUUAUGGCACAAUUAUUUCCACUACAUUCCAGUUCUUUAUGUUUAGUUUGCUCUCAAGGCAAUUUAGUUUAAACAUGUGCACAGAAAAGCAAAAUUUAUAUUUGGUAACGUUUUGUCACAUGUAUUUUCUUACCUUAUAAAUCGGUUAUCUAAUAAAGUUGAACACAUUUAAAUACA